GGCGGACGGACGGGCGGGUGGGCGAGCCCGCUGCCGGGAGCCGGGAUCCCGGAGUCGGGAAGCAGCUGCGGCGAGCUCGCCAGGGCCGCAGCGGGGCGAGGGGGCGCACGGGGCGUUGGCAUCGGGGCGCGCGCGUGCGUCGCCGGCUUGGACGCGGCCAUUCAACAGCUGGCUUCGCGGGCCACAGUCGCAGAGAGCGAUCGAGAGCGUUGGCGGUUGCGACUGCGGCGGCCGGGAAGAGGCGGCGGCGGCGGUCCCGUUACCUCAGCGGAGACCCGAGCGGAGGCGCAGCGGCCCCUCAGGCUCCGGACUCCGACCUUCGAGGGCGACUUCUUGCCGUAGCCCCCAAAGUGUCUCAAACGGAAUCGUCACUUGGUUUCCGGGGGCUACCAUGACGGUCACCGUGGUGUAUGAUAACUCUGAGGCCACAGAGCUCUGUGCAGCUCAGCACCUCUACCUCAAGCCCAUAGCAAAACUGAUGAUCAAUGUAUUGCUCCCAGAGAGCUCAGAACCCAUGAGACCCUUCUCCAACUGGGAAGUUCUCGACCAGCUUAAGAGCCUAAUUUGCCCUGAUCAGUUCACCACAGUUCGGCUCUCUAAGAGUACCAAGGACUUCAUCCGGUUCGAGGGGGAGGCCGAAACGCGAAGCCUGGUUCAGAUCUUGAAGGCAAAGUUACAUGGAAAGAUCAUCAAGCUACACGGUUUGAAAACAGACUUAAAAGUAGUGGCUACAGACGCCCAGGGAGAGUGGGAGCGCUUCCCCAGGGAGAAGGAGGCCUCAUCGAGUGAUGGGGCCGAAGAGCAGGACCAGGAUAAGAGCCCCGACUCUAUAUAUUUUGAAGGCUUGCCCUGCAAAUGGUUUGCACCUAAAGGUUCCAGCGGGGAGAAGCCCUGUGAAGAGAUCCUCCGGGUGGUCUUUGAAAGCUUUGGGAAGAUCAAGAAUGUGGAUAUCCCUAUGCUAGACCCCUACCGAGAAGUGACGACUGGUGGGAACUUCGGGGGUUUCGGCUUCGGCUUGCAGACGUUUGAGGCCUUUAUUCAGUACCAGGAGUCGACGGACUUUGUAAAAGCCAUGGAGUCCCUUCGAGGUAUGAAGCUAAUGCUCAAAGGAGAUGAUGGGAAAGCUCUGGCCUGUAACAUCAAGGUUAUGUUUGAUAGGACCAAACAUUUCAGCGAAGGAGCCAUAAGGAGGAGAAAUCAAGAAAGGCUAAAAUUACAAGAACUAGAGGAAGAAAGGAAAAAAGAAAAGAGGAGAGACGAGGAAGAGGCUGCGAGGAAAAGAAAAGAGGAGGAGAGGAGAGCCCAGGAAAAGAGGAGGAGGGCCAGGGUCAGGCGGCGAGCCCUGAAGGAGAGAGACAGACACCGGCAAAGGAAACAGAAGGAGCCAGCCAAAGCUGAAGCUGCGCGAAUCCACCCAGUUUAACCCACAGGGGGUAGACGAUCCAAGCCCCAGAGCGAACCAUACUCCAGGGAACACGCUGGAAACUCUGAAGAAAG